AUGUCGCUGGCUCCUGAAACCUAUGGUUGUGCUGAUGCUGAUGCCGAUGGCUCUCCAAUUUCUCCUCAUGGAGAUUCGGAAGCUUUGCUCCUCAACAUGAAGGAUCCGGAGGUGGACGAAGCAGAUACAAAUGCAGACACUCCAGGUGAUUUAGAGCAGGCAGAACCUGCAACACUCCCUCAGGAUGCGACGGUGGCAAGUGAACCCAAAUGCAGAUGGUGUCCCCGUCAGAACAUGGAAGUCGGGCAGACGACCAAAAUGACAUGCACAUUGGUCACAAAGAUGCUGUUCAUGGUCUUACCACACGUCCUUUUCGUCUACACGGUGAGCAAUGUCAAAGCGGAGAACCUUCAAGCAUGCAACGAUGAAGCAGGCUGCGUCUAUCAGAGACUCUUGGACUCCAGGAGUGUUGCAAGCACUGGCGCAUUUUUUGCGAGCGUGAGGAACGGGGAGGCCAACAUCGUGACACUGAGCCCAAGCACUUACGGCCACCAGCCAGCUAAUUUCACCUUUACAAGUGAGACCCAUUCUUCAGAAGUAGAUAAAAUGGAACAACGCCUCCAGAUUUCAAGGGUUGUACCACAGCUGCUCAUGGAGAUUGCACGACUACCCUGCAAGCUGUUUCAGACUAGCCCAGCACAACUGCCAGCGCUUUGUCAAGAUAUGACACUCACAGAGAUGCAGGUCUCUUGCAAUAGUCUAUCAAUGAAGAUGGGGUUUGAAAACCAUCUUCUCGGCGCUGGAAUGUACACCUCUCUAUUUUUCACAGCCUUGUGGGGGGUCUUGCACACUCUUGCAUGA